CCGGAGUUGACCGCCAUCGACCCCGAGAUGACGCUGUACGUGGGCCAGACGGCUGUACUGCGCUGCGAAACCUCAGGCAUCAACCCCAGCGACGUCAGGUGGAGCCGCAUCAAUGGCCGCCUCCCGCCCAACGCCCUGGCCAGAGAGAACACACUUAGGCUGCCACUGAUCCAGGUGAAGGACAGCGGGGAUUAUCAGUGCGAGGCCGGGCUGCCAUCGGGAAGGAGCUCGUACGACGUUAUCACCCUCAUCGCCAGGAGUGAGUCUCGGCCGGCCAAGCGCACCACCAGUGUCCCCGCCAACUGACCACUGCAUGACGCCUUGACUACCCUGCAUGUUAUGGGCCAUUGCCACCACUGCCAACACCAAUGCUAACUCACCUGUUUAACUUAUCUCUUGUCAGUUCUUGGGAUCGGACAACCAUUACUACUGCUACCACUUAACCUAAUCAUAAGACACAGUGAGAUAGGA